ACCCUAAGGUAAUGUUUGAAGAUAUAAAGAGAGAAUAGACCAGGGUUAAAUUUGUGGUUUGAAACUAAAGAGAUUGAUAUAUCAAAGAUAGAAAGAUUCCCUGUCUUUUUGAUCUUUUAAUCUUUUUAGGGUUUCUGAUUAUUCCAUUUUCCUUCUCCUCCUCCUUAAGUAUUGAUUCCAUUGGAAAAAUCUUUCUGGGUUUUCUUGUUAAAAUAUAUUUUGCCUUUUGGGAUACUAGUUUAUUGUGAAUAUCUACACAUAUUUGGCCUUUAUAUCUGGGUUCAUCUGGAAAAACAAUUGAAUUUUGUAGGAAAUGGUGAGAGGAAAAAUUCAGAUGAAGCGAAUAGAAAAUGCAACAAGCAGGCAAGUGACCUUCUCCAAGCGUCGAAGCGGGUUGUUGAAGAAGGCAUACGAGCUUUAUGUUCUCUGUGAUGCUGAAGUUGCUGUCAUCAUAUUUUCACAUAGAGGAGGACUCUAUGAGUUCUCAAGUUCUGACAACAUGCAAAAGACAAUAGAACGAUACCGUAAGUGUACAAGAGAAGCUCAAACAGACAUUUGUAACACUGAAAGAUAUAUUCAGCAACUGAGGCUUGAAGCGGAAACUAUGGCCAAGAAGAUAGAGUUUCUUGAAGUUCAUCGAAGAAAGCUGUUGGGUCAAAGUCUUGGUUCGUGCUCUAUAGAGGAACUUAGGGAGGUUGAAAGCCAGCUCGAACGAAGCUUAAAAAACAUUAGGGCAAGAAAGAACCUUGUAUUCCAGGAGCAGGUAGAGCAACUAAAAGCAAAGAAAAGAUUCGUGCAAGAAGAGAAUAUAAAGUUAUCUAAAAAGAAGGAAGCUCUAACAUGCAGCGGACCGAACUCGGAGGUGGAUACACAACUCUUCCUGGGAUUGGGAUUGCCAGAAAACCGGUGUUCCUAGCAGGCAGGUGCUUCGGACAUGGAAAUGAUGCUGUUCAUCCUCAUCUCAUCAAUAAAUUCCAACUGUUGAAUAAUUGGUUUUCCUGGUAGGAAUAGUGUUGUUUGUAUGAUGUAUCCACUAUAACUACUGGUAUUACUUUGAUAUACUUAUUUUAGAUCCCGUUGUAACUUAUAAGCGUGC